AUGCAUGCUGCCACCCUCUCUUCUUUGCCUGAGGAUGAGUCACCCGUGGCGCCGGUAUCGCUGCCCGACAGCAAUGCUACCAGAACCGACGCAGCACCGUACCCGUCGUCAUCUACGACGCACACAGCAGCGGCGCCAUCAUCAUUGUCGACUGCGGAGAUGAGCAACUCUGUUGCUUCCGACUUUGCUCGUCUGGACGCGACCACCAUUGUGGAAGCGCUGCUGUGGAUGAGCGGUGGUAAGAGCAGCGGCUGUGGGUGGCAGGGGUCAGCCCCACAUACUGCGGAGGUCCAGGCUGACCGCAGCUCCACUCCGUUGGAGGCGAGCGUGGAGGCAUUGAAAGCCUCGCAUCAGCCGCCGCUGCCACUGCUGCCGAACUCGGCAGUACUGCCUCCAACAGGCAACGAGAGCCUCGUCUGCGCACGUGCGUAUGCGGCGAGCGAACCGAACGCGCCACCAGCGGCGGCGGCAAGUGUAGCCCCACUGCAAAGGCCUUUCUCUCAUGUCCCCUCUUCUUCUCUUGCGCCUUUCUUUCAAGAGGACGCAGCGAUGACCCCAUGCGAACAGACGCCAACACCGCGCCGCAGUGAUGCCGCUCACACUUAUCGUAUGGGGAGGCGCGACGACGGUGAGGGGCAAGCGCAUGCCCUCCCCUGCACCGCCCCCACCGCAGGCGUCGACUCUACUGGGCUCGUAUCCUCCACUUUCGCCUCACGAAGUUCAACGGCAGCCGUGUCGCGCACAUCACCACAAGGGGGCGAGGUACUUUCGGUCACUGCGCUGCAACGAGCUCCCUCCGUCCCACGACAAGCAUCCGCACCUGCUGCUGGCACGGAUGCGCCGGGAGCCGUUUCCGCACCUCGAAGUAGGGCUGCGGGCACAGAGGUGGGUGGUGCGCUGUGGCAGCAGGCCUUUGCGGUACACGCGCAGCAGCUACUCCGCGAGACGCAGCAGCAGGUGGAUGAAUUGCGCCAGUACCAGCAGAAGGCUGUGCGAGAGGCACAGCGGGCUGAUGCAGUAGCAGCAGGCUACCGUGCACUGGAAGUACAGCUCGCUGAAGCGGAGGCGAAGCGCGCCGAGGAGCGUGUGGCACACGAGGCUGCGUUCACUGAGCUGUCCCAGCAGGCGCUGCGACUCGAGGAAGCUGUCGGGGUGCUGCGUCGUGCUAAACUGGAGCUGCAGCGGCAACUGAAGGAGGGCCAGAUAGCGGCAGCACAGCAAGUGGCGGAACACCAGCGGGAGCUUCGAGAGCUGCGAAGCGCAUUCGAAAGUCAAGUUGAGCGAAUGUGCACGGAGCAGCACCGGCAAGUCGAUCAGUGGCGCCAAGAGCGACAGCAGCUCGAGGAAGAGCUGGCAGAGUGGAAAUCGACUGAGAUCACGGUGUCCGCACAGCAGAGACACAUGGAGGUGCAUUGCGCCAAGCCAGAGCGUCAGCACAGAGCCGAUGCGGCUACUUCUCUGCAUGCGAUGUCGACGCCUGCCUGUGAAGCAGAGGCAGAGCGCACCACAGCUGUCUGUCGGGUCGAUGCGGCCACCACCACUGACAAGGUAAAUCCACCCGCUGCUCCAACGACACCCCAAGAGGACAAUGCUUCGCCAUACGCCCGCGUGCAUCGCGACGCGCUGGCACAGCAGCAGCUGCGGGAGCAGACCAUGCUGUCUCAGCUGUCCAUUGCCGACGCCCGCGUCCAGCAAGAGGCAAAGCAGCGACGACUCGCCGAGGACCGGGUGGCCGAGCUGCUGAAGCAGAGUGAGCAGCUGCGGGAGGCGCUGGCGAAUGCAGAAAUGGCCACGCUCAACGCAGAGCGCGCGUCUGAGGUGGUGAGGAAGCACGCAGCAGCGGCGCUCGCAGGCCAGUCGCCCACUAAGAGGGCGAAUUCUAAUCACCAGAGGCGUCAGCGCACGAUCGUGGAGCAGGACGUUGCGUAUCAGCGGCAACAACUGCUCCAGAAGAUUCAGCACGAGUACACUGCGCUUCGUCGAGAGAGAGUCGCCCUAGUUUCGCAGCACAAAGCCCAGCAACAGCGAGCGGCAGAGCGGUGGAUUGCCGUGCGCUCCGCUGUCAGUACCCUCCUCCAUGUGGUGGGCUUACACGACGCUCAGAGCACUCUCGACGCUGCGAAUGAUGCUGACACGUCGAGUCUUCCAUGCAUUGGCGACGUCUUCACCGAGCCCAGUGAGACGUCGCUCAAUGGCAUCUUGGCCGCACUCGACACCCUCACCUCCGCCUUGCGCUCGCAGCAGAAGGCGGCCGCCGCGGACGAAGCGGCGAUGCACGAGCAGCGACGACUGUCGGCACUGGAGGAGGCGCUGCGCGCCGCGGAGGCACAGAACCUGGCGCACAUUGCCUCCCUUGAGGCCACCAAGGCCCAGUUGUGCGAGUCGCAACGCGAACUUGCAGUGUGGCAGCAGCGCCAAAAGGAGCUAGCGACUCGCCAAGACGCACAGGAUGCGGCGUGGAGGGUGACUGCGCUACAGCUGAAGCAAGUCACAGGUGUCGUGCGGCGUGCCUUGCGCGAGUACGCGCAACCCCUGCCUGCGUCGUUGUCGAUGUUGAACUCAGCGAGAGCUGCUGCAGCUGAAAGCGCCGACAGUGCGCGUCGCCGAGUCGUGAGGAGGAGAAGCACUCGCGGCCUGAAGCAGCGAUCGCGUAGUACCCCCACCUCUACCGCGUUGCUCGACAGUGCCGAAAACAGCGAAGGUGACGCAGCCGUGAGUCCGCGGGGCCUGCAUCAUGAGGCAUUCGUGCCGGGUAAGGUACCCUGCGAGGGAAACGAGGAUGAUGACACCGACACCAUUGCUGGCGCUAAAUGCGGAUCGCCCCCGUGGCUCCUCUCCACGUCGACUGCGAGCUUGUCCCUUUCAUCGGCGGCCACGCUCGGCAUCACUGAGCUCACGGACGCUGGUGGCGAUGCAGGGCACAGUGGAGUCCGUCGUGCUAUGGCAGUGGUGUCGCGGGGCCUCUUGAGGCUGCUCACGACGUGGCGCACUCGUCAACAUACCCUCGUCGAGGCGCACAAGGCGUUACAGCGGCAAGUCGAAGAUGCGAGGGCACAAAAUGCCGCCUUGGCAGAGGGGCAGCGCGAGGCGAAGUCACGCUAUCAGCAGCAACUGCGUCUCUCCCGUGCUGCGGAGCAGCGCCGUGCGCACCAGCUCGAGCACGCACAGCACGAACUAGAGGACGCGAAGCGACAGCGCGAGCUCGACAGCGCACAAGCACGCCAGAACGCGUCAGAGUGGGAAAGCGAGCGUGACGUGCUGUGUCGCCGUGUACGCGUCGCGGAAGAGCAGGUGAACCGAGCCGAGCAGGCGCUCGUGGACGCGGAUGUGGCCCACAGCACCCAGCACGCUUCCCACGAAACACUGCAGCGUGAGCUGAGUGACGUCACGGCAUCGCGCGAUCGGCUGGAGCGCCGACAGGCUGAUCUCUGUGUGCACAUCGAGGACUUAGAAGCGCGACUGCUGGUGGCGGAGCGGACCCAGGCAGCCCUGCACGCGCUCAUCACAACCUCCGUGGCGUUUAUCGCGCGACUCUCGGCGGAUCAUCAACAGUUGCAGGGACACUACCGAGUUCUGCGCACCCUCGCCCAGGCAGAGGCGCAGACGGCAAGGAUGGUCGAGCGCGUACUGGAGCGCAACAACCUGAGGAAAGAAGAGCAAGCGUCGGCAGCGGUCGCUGAGCGAAGGCUCACGUGGUCGGCAGGUGCUCCGAGCGGUGCAUCUGCUUGGCCCGCGGCGGCAGCGCCGCACUCUUCUGCUCCUGCUACGCGCCUCCGUGCAGUGGGUCAUGCUGUGCGAGCUGCGACGCGGCUUUCGCUGCUCCUGGCAGCGCGCCAGCGUCUGCGGGAUAACGCCGGUACACGCGACUCUGAUGCAUCGUUUCUCUCGCCCGCGGCAACAGCGGCGGAAUCAGCAGCACUGCAGCCACUCUUGCUGGCGCUCUCCUCCGCCUUCACGUGGGGUGCUGCGGCUCCGGUGCUCAACAGCGCGGUGAUCACGCCUCACGAUAGCCUGCUACAGCGCUACACGACACGCCCGGACUCCUGUGUGCUCCCUGUUGUUCGUCUCCCACCACCGCUGGAGCUUGUCGCUCUCGGGUACAAUGAGGACUCAGAGGUAGAGGCCGGAGGAGAGGCUAGAGGGCACAAGGCGCGCUUCGGCUGCCGCAGUGGCGCGUACGAGAACGGGGCAGCGCACGUCAGCGUGGGCCACCAACAGCGGCAGCUCGUGCGGUUGCUUACCGUCGCACAACUCGAUGUGCAGGCUCCCACGACGCGGCACCUGUGCGCUGGGGUAGUCGCAGCCGGCUCAGCAGGUGCGCGUGCCACGGCAGAGCUCCUGCAGCUCGUCCACGUACGCCACGCCUUAAGUGAGAAGCUGAUGGGGCCUCGAUGUCAGAGUCGCCUGUCGAUCUCGCAACCACAGCCAGCGCCUCCGCUCCCGGACCUUCGCCCCCUCCUUCCAGAACGACUCGCCGCGCUCCUUCAGUGGCAACUGGAGCGGACCACCAUGCAGGCCUGUCACGCCUCAGAGUCGAACAUGCUCGUGCAGCGGCUGGUGCAGCAAAAUGAAAAGGUGGUCUCGGCGCUGCAGCUUCGGACGCAAGAGUACGACGCGGCCUCGGCGAAGGUACAGUCAUUGGCAUCGCAGCUGGAGCAGCUGCAGGCGGAGCGAACGGAUCGCACAGCCGUUCAAGAGAAGCUGGUCGAGGCGCGUGCAUCACUGCUGCGGGAGCGCCAACUGCGCCGCGCGGCGGAGGAGCGACUGGCGGAGUUGGCGCUCACGCGACUUCAGUGGCUCAGCGACCAGGAGCAGUACAAGCGUGAGGUCUGCCUGUUAAAGAUGGAGCUGGCCAACGCCUCUAUGGGAAGUACGCCGCCUGCUGAGGAGGGCGUGCGCGCUCUUCUUGCUGUGCGUGGCGAUGGUGUUGUACCCCCACUGAUCAAGUCUGCAUUGUCGAUACAAGUGGGUGACACAACCAUGACGGACACGGCAUGCCAUCCGGCCUCACCGCUGCCACGCCUUGAUCCCCUCUCGGGGAGUGUGAUGGACGGGAGUGCAAUGUACGAGCCCGAUCGUGUGCACAGCGGCCAUCCUCCAGCCUAUCGCAGCGCUCCUUUAGCGGCAGAGGUGGACUGGCAUCUCAACCCUGAGAACGUCUACUACUGCAAGCUGCCCCCAAACGGCCAUCAGCACGACGAUCGCUCUCACGCCGGGCGCCAUCAUGCGGGUAGUUGUGACAUGAACGUGGAGGCUCCAAAGGGAAACGACGCGCAUGGUAUGGCAUCACCGUUGCCAGCGCUGCAGUACCGCCCCCGCAUCAGCUUGCCGACGCCGCAGGAUCUCGCCGAGAGCGUACCGCCGGAUGGGACCCGCUCUGCUAGUGCUACUCACGGUGGUGGAAGGGGCGUUUGGUCCAUCCACAAUACCGGCGCCUCCCUCUGGAAUGCGCAGCUACAGCCCCAGAGUUCAUCAAGCGCAACAGCCCUUUCGUCGGCAGCGCUCAGUAUCACCACGCGGGCGAGGACACGAAGUUCGGAGCUGCCUCCUGCACCGCAACCGUCGCUGCCGUCGACGCACGCACUUCAGUUGUACGUGCCAAACGUCGUUCGUCAGCGUGAGAAAGGCCCGCCGCUACAGUGA